AUGCGUCUUCAUCGAUAUGCUGGGGGUCGUCGUCGGUUCGUCCCAUUUGUAUUGCAUUCUUGGCACAGCAUAAACCCAACUCUCAGACACAUCCUGGGCCGAGAUCGUGAAAUAUUCAAAGCCCAGUCCAGCUUGCGUCUGCGCGCAUCAGGCUUCCGCCUAGAGUCUCUCUUCCUGAGUCACGGAAAGAAGCCCGUCAAGCGUCGUGGCUUCAGACCCAAGAAGUCGUUCAUGGAUCAGCAUCAGCCGCUAUCUCAUCGUCCCAAGCAGUCCCUGAGUAUCCCAGAAGGGCGGCGAUACGUGUAUAAGCCCCUUGGAGAAAAUAAGUGCGUUCGGUUCCUCACUCUUCAGCCAGGGUCAGGUUCUGACCCUUUAGUCGGGAGCCUCGAAUUCGGGAGCCUCGAUCCGGCGGACAUUGCACAGCUUCCCCCUUAUGAAGCCAUCUCGUACGUAUGGGGUACUAGUGAUCGCCUCUUCGAGCUCUUAUGCGAUGGCGCCAUCCUGCCUCUGACGCAGAGCAUUCGCGAUGCGUUGGUGAGGGUUCGACUGCCGGAUCGGCCUCGCCGACUGUGGGCGGACCAGAUAUGCAUUAAUCAAGACGACAUUGCGGAACGAAGCCAGCAAGUGAAGCUCAUGAAUGCAGUGUAUAAGAAUGCCAGCAAGGUACUUGUGUGGCUGGGGCGGGAUGUAGACGAUGACAAGGCUCAUGAAAAGUUCAAAGUUGAUCAUGAGGAGAAUCUGGUGAUGCAGAGCCCGGAGCGUUGGAAACCUCUAUCAAAGCUGACCAAGCUGCCCUGGUUCCACCGAAUAUGGAUUGUUCAAGAAAUCGGAACCACCGCACCGGCGACUCUAUACUGGGGAGACACUGAGAUGGACUGGGACAUGCUCUCCUUUGUCGCCGGGAUCCUCAACGAGAGAUACCACCACCUACGCACACGGUUCUUUAUUGGCACUUCCAACAUCCGCUACCUUCACAAACGCUUCGUCGAACCAGACGUGGAAUACGACCAGUUCCACAACAGAGGCAACUUUGCCUACGAGCUUCACCGUGCGAGGCACCUCCUUGCACAAGAUCCUCGAGACCACGUGUACGCCUUCCUAGGCCACUUUUCCCUCGGCAAGGGCAGCGAGGAGCUCCAGAGCCUCGUGGUGGACUACUCUAAGAGCAUCGAGGAUGUGUACUUUGACGUUGCGGUGAGAGGUCUCCGCGGAGCCAACGAUCUCGUCAUGUUGGCUGCGACGCAUCACAGCCGGCCCAACGGAAAGAGACGAGCGCCGGGGAACGAGCAGGAAGCGGACUUGCCAUCGUGGGUUCCUGACUGGAGAGACUUGCCGAUGCAUAUUCUCGGAUCGCCUGCAGUGCCGCAUCGGGCGUCAAAGGAUACUAGGCCGGAUAUCACCAUUGACGAGGACAAACGGAUCCUGCAUGCUCGUGGUGUCAGGGUCGAUGUUGUGGAGAGGCAUUCGUGGACGAUUUACGGGACGGCGUUUCAGGUGAGGCAGGACGAUCACGGGCCGAAGAAGAAGUGGUGGAAGCAGCCUCGUCCAAGGGAGAACAGUCAAGCCAGUGACCACCAUGGCUCUCCUCAGCCUCAACCCCGGAAUCAAAGUAAUGAUACUCGCUCGCCUAGCAGCAGCAGCAAUAGCUCAAGGGGAGGCAAGAAUACCACGAGAGGAAACAGUAACAGCAGCAACUACCAUCGAGGCCGCAACUCUCAUCAACGACGAAACAGCCAAAGCGAACAAUCCGGCUCUCGCACACACCCCAUGGAAGUCCUCUGGAAGCAAAUCUGCGGCUACCAAACCUUUACCCUCUCACGCAUAUACCCGCCCUUUCUCAAAGAUCCUUCCUCAUCUCCAUCUCCAUCUCCGUCUAUCCCUACGACCUCGCACGAUCACCACAAGUCCGCCUUCUUCGCCCUCAUCCAGACCCUCACCAACGCCUGCACCGGCAUGGACCGCUCGCGCCCAUAUUCAACCAUCUCUCCGGAUGAAUGGCUCGCCAGCGGAGCAGCCUAUCUCGUGCGCUACGCACUGCCCGCGUCUUCAUCCUCCUCAUUAUCGCAUUCACAAACGUUUCCUUCCUUCCCCUCCCAACAACGCUCAGAAAGCAGCAACAGCACUACUAACAACAACAAGAACAAGAACGUCAUGUCCAACUUCUUCGAGAGAGCAAACUCCCUCGCCUCCUCCUCCUCCUCACACACCCCCAUCUCCCCCGCCAUCCACGCCCUCUCCCUCACCGGCGACCCCUUCAAAUGGAGCCACGAAGCCACCCUCAUCACCCGCUACCGCCGCUUCGCCGUCACCCGCAACGGCUACUUCGUCCUCGGGCCCGACGCCCUGCAGGAGGGCGACAUCGUGGCCGUGCUGCGGGGCGGAAAGACGCCCUUUUUGCUGCGCGAGGUGGACGGUGGCAGUGGAUGGAGACUCGUUGGGGAGUGUUAUGUGCAUGGGUUGAUGGAUGGGGAGGGCUGGGAUGUGGAGGGGGCAAAGGAGGAGGUGUUUUCGAUACGAUAG